AUUACAAGCAAUUGGGUGAAGUUGACGAUAUAUUGGCUCGUGAAUCUAUCGAUUACAUUGAAGACAGUAUGCAUACAAUUCAUAAGAUUAAGAAGAAUAAUAGUAAUGAUAUUUAUGCAUCAAAAUAUUUCGAUAUGAGUAAAAUUAAUUUAAAAACUAUUCCUUUAGAUGCAGAUAAUUUUGUUGCUAUACGUGAUCAACCGAUGUUUGGUAAACACUAUCACACGAACUCAAAUUUGACUAUUGUUGCUACCAUGUUAGAAAGAUAUUUGGAAGUCAGGGGUACAAUAUUACCUGUUCAAUGGAAAGCAGUUUAUAACUCCAUUCGUGAUAAAUUUAAACAAACAUAUAUGGAUGAAAGUAGAAUUAAGAAGAUAGAUAAUCAGUAUCCAAGAUUACAUUGUCCUUGGGAAUUACCGCCUUCAGUAGAUUUUAAAUACGUUUCAAAUUUAAGUUUUUUAUUCAUUGUAAAAUGA